AUGACCACCUGCAGCCGCCAGUACACCUCCUCCAGCUCCAUCAAGGGCUCCGGGGGCAUUGGUGGUGGCUCUAGCCGCAUGUCCUCCGUCCUGGCUGGAGGCUCCUGCCGGGCCCCCAGCGCCUAUGGAGGCCUGUCCGUCUCCUCCUCCCGCUACUCCUCCGGGGGUGCCUGCGGGCUGGGGGGCGGCUACGGCGGUGGUUUCAGCAGCAGCAGCAGCUUUGGCGGGGCCCUGGGCAGCGGCUUCGGUGGAGGAUACGGUGGUGGCCUUGGUGCUGGCUUUGGCGGUGGCUUCGGUGGUGGCUUGGGUGGUGGUUUUGGAGGUGGCUUUGGCGGUGGUGAUGGGCUCCUGGCAGGCAGUGAGAAGGUGACCAUGCAGAACCUGAAUGACCGCCUGGCCUCCUACCUGGACAAGGUGCGUGCCCUGGAAGAGGCCAACGCUGACCUGGAGGUGAAGAUCCGUGACUGGUACCAGAGGCAGCGGCCCGCUGAGACCAAGGACUACAGCCCCUACUUCAAGACCAUCGAGGACCUGAGGAACAAGAUCCUCGCAGCCACUGUGGACAAUGCUAAUGUUGUGCUGCAGAUUGACAAUGCCCGUCUGGCUGCUGAUGACUUCCGCACCAAGUAUGAGACGGAGCUGAACCUGCGCUUGAGCGUGGAGGCCGACAUCAACGGCCUUCGCAGGGUGCUGGAUGAGCUGACCCUGGCCAGGGCCGACCUGGAGAUGCAGAUCGAGAGCCUCAAGGAGGAGCUGGCCUACCUCCGGAAGAACCACGAGGAGGAAAUGAACUCCCUGCGAGGCCAGGUGGGCGGAGACGUCAACGUGGAGAUGGACGCCGCCCCCGGCGUGGACCUGAGCCGAAUCCUGAACGAGAUGCGCGACCAGUACGAGAAGAUGGCGGAGAAGAACCGCAAGGAUGCGGAGGACUGGUUCUUCAGCAAGACAGAGGAACUGAACCGCGAGGUGGCUACCAACAGCGAGCUGGUGCAGAGCGGCAAGAGCGAGAUCUCAGAGCUCCGGCGCACCUUGCAAAACCUGGAGAUCGAGCUGCAGUCCCAGCUCAGCAUGAAAGCAUCUCUGGAGAACAGCCUGGAGGAGACCAAAGGCCGCUACUGCAUGCAGCUGGCCCAGAUCCAGGAGCUGAUCGGCAGCGUGGAAGAGCAGCUGGCCCAGCUGCGCUGCGAAAUGGAGCAGCAGAACCAGGAGUACAAGAUCCUGCUGGACGUGAAGACCCGGCUGGAGCAGGAGAUCGCCACCUACCGCCGCCUGCUGGAGGGCGAGGACGCCCACCUCUCCUCUUCCCAGUUCUCCUCUGGCUCCCAGUCAUCCAGAGAUGUAUCCUCCAGUCGCCAGGUUCGCACCAAAGUCGUGGACGUGCACGACGGCAAGGUGGUGUCCACACACGAGCAGAUCGUUCGCACCAAGAACUAAGGCUUCUCUGCACUGCUCAAGCCUAGAAAGCCCCCCAAGUGGACACAGAUUUCCCUGGGGGAUCCC